UUUGCUGGUCUCCUGACUGGAGCUGUUCAGCUCUAUGUGGUUGUAGAGAAGGAGACGAGGAGCAGACCUGGACACAAACAAACUAUUAUGAUGCAGUCAGACAAGUUCGGGGUUAUUCUGGGGGGGAAAGUGACGGCAUGAUGUGGACACCUGCAACAUGGAUCUGGGGGAUUUUGUUGCUUGGAACAGGUUCCCUCUGUCAGGAGGUGGUAAACCAGUGUGAUCCCAGUCCCUGUCAGAAUGGGGGCAGGUGUGAGAGCCUCGUCGGAGGCUACAGUUGCCAUUGCCUCAAACAGAGUCAUGAUGGAGUUCUCUAUGGAGGCCUGAACUGUGAUGUGAGGUUGGUGGGCUGUGAGGGACACGAAUGCCGGAAUCAAGGCUCCUGCUCUCCUUUCCUAAUAGACGGGACUCACGGCUACGACUGCUCCUGCUCUGCUGGGUUCACCGGACACCUCUGCAACACCCCCACCACAUUCUCCUUCGAACGCAGGGGCUACCUGCUGCUCCAGAGUCCUCUGGUGGAGGCAGAGUUCUCUUGCAAAAUCACCCUGAGCUUCAAGACUGUUCUGCCCACAGCUUUGUUGUUCCAGCGGAGCAACAGGGGCCUGCUGCUGAGCCUGGAGCUGGAGGGAGGGCAGCUCUGUCUCACCCUGAGGACGGAGGCCUCUGCUGGGGCUGAGGCAGAGAGCCCACCCCAGGCUCUGGAGCUUCCGUUCAAUGUCACAGAUGGAGAGUGGCAUUCUGUAGAGGCCGUGCUGGAAAACUGGGUGCUGAGCCUGAAACUUUUGCAUGAUGCUGGGAGCUGUGGGAGCGAGUCCUGUCACAGGGUGGCCUCAGUCAGGCCGAGCACCCUGGCUGGAGCGGUGUGGAACACAUUUAUUGGAGGAGUGCCUCAGGACCAACACGACCCCCCUGAGGACGCUCCACUUCCAGGAUUUAUCGGCUGCAUGCGGGACGUGUUUGUCGACUGGCAGCUCGUGGUCCCUGAAGAAUGGCUGAGCGACUCGGCUGUUAACGUGUCCCCCGGCUGCAGCCACAGGGACCGCUGCCUGGACGUGCCUUGUCAAAACAGAGGACAGUGUGUCAACCAGUGGCAGAGCUACCAGUGCUGGUGUCCAAGGCCUUAUGAGGGGCAGGACUGUGAGGAGGAGCAUGUGCCCGCACGCUUUGGGAGUGAAGACUCUCACAGUUAUGCCACGUUCAAUGUCACAGACGACCUGGCUCAGGACCUCUCUAUCUCUCUCUUCCUCCGUACGCGAAGGCCCAACGGACUCCUCCUGGUGCUCGCAAACGACAGCAGCCAGUACCUGCAGAUGUGGCUGGAGGACGGCAAGGUCACGGUUCAGGUCAAUGACUUUGAGAGUGUGAGGGCAGAGAGCGCGGUGGACGACGGGGAGGUCCACUUUGUGAGUGUGGAGGUGGUGGAGGGUCGUAUGACUCUGUACGUAGCAGCUCAGAAACAGGGGGAGGUGGAGAUCAGGACGGUCAGUGUGCAGGCCGGAGACACCGUGCAUGUGGGAGGUCUGCUGGAGAAGAAGACAACCUCAGUGUUCGGUGGAUAUUUUAAAGGAUGUAUCCAGGACCUGAGGAUCAACGACAGCAGGCUGCAGUUCUUUGGGUUGGACACCUCAGUGAGAUCUUACCCUCUGGAGCUCAUGGAGAAUGUGACCAGCGGGUGCUCAGGGGACAACGCCUGUAGUAAGAAUCCGUGUCUGAACGGGGGAAUGUGCUACUCCAUGUGGGAUGACUUUACCUGCACCUGCCCACCCAGCACAGCAGGGCGGCGCUGUGAGGAGGUCAGGUGGUGCGAGCUGUCCCCUUGCCCCAUGGACUCAGAGUGCAGGAUGCUGAACCAGGGCUAUGAAUGCUAUUCCAAUGCAACCUUCCUGAACGACAGCACGGUGCUGUCAUUCAGGGGAAACGGACAGAUAUCCCGCAACCUGACCAACCUCUCCCUGAAUCUGCGCACACGCAGGCGCAACACGGCCAUCCUGCACGCAGAGAAGGGCUCUGCAUUCAUCACAGUCUCUGUCCAGGACGGUUUCCUCUUCAUGGAGCUGCAGAGUGCCACCACUGUGGACGCCAGUGAGGAGGAGGCCGGGUCUACAGUCAGCCUCAGCAGCCAGAGGAGUGUCAGUGAUGGAGAGUGGCACAGUGUCCAGGUGUUCAUGGCGACACCGUGGGCGCACACCUCCCGGUGGACUCUAGUGCUGGAUGAGGAAAUAGAGGCGGCCAGCACUUCCAGGGGCCGAGGAGGCAACAUGGACUUCCUAAAGCAGGGGGUGGACAUCUUCCUGGGGGGCCUGUCUCCUGAUUCCGGCUGGUCCCUGGCUGGGUGUUUGGGCACCGUGGAGCUGGGUGGCAUCGCCCUGUCUUACUUCAGCUCCUCUGACGUGAACUUCCCACGGCUGCAGGAGGAGCAGUUCAUCCGGACAUCUCUGCACUCACCGCUCCUGGGCUGCAGCGGGGCCCCCGUGUGCCGGCCCAACCCCUGCCUGAACGGAGGGGAGUGCCAGGACCACUUCAACACCUACAACUGCAGCUGUGCCGAGGGCUGGGCCGGGAGACGCUGCGACUUCUUCACCGACACCUGUGCUACCGGUCCCUGUCUCCACGGCAACUGCAGCGUGAACGGGCCGGCCUACGAGUGCACCUGCGAGUUUGGCUACGCAGGUGUGGACUGCGAAGAGGAGGUGGACAUGUGUGAAGACCACCUGUGUGCACACGGGGGCACCUGUCUGCACGGGCCAGACAGGUACGCCUGCCUCUGCCCUGAGAACUACACAGGACCCCUCUGCAAUGAACGCAUUGAAGAGAUUCCGUGGUACAUUAUUGUCAGAAAUGUCAGACGACCGAAGCUGCCUGUGUCCGUGUGCGGCGAUGACACCAGGAACUACACCUGCUUCAAUGGAGGCAACUGCACCGACCGAGAGCUGUCGUGUGACUGUCCGCCCGGCUUCACUGGACACCGGUGUGAGCAGGAGGUGGACGAGUGCCAGUCCAACCCCUGUUUGAACGGAGGCUACUGCCGCAACCUCAUCAACAAGUUCGUCUGCAUGUGCGACAUGAGCUACGCGGGAGACUUGUGCCAGAUGGACCUGACCUCUGAGGGUUUGACCUCUGACCUCUUACUGUCCAUCAUUCUGGUGUCUGUCGUCCUGCUGCUGGCUUUCAUCCUGACCUCCGUUGGACUGGUGGUGGCGCUGAACCGCCGCGCCACCCACGGCACCUACAGUCCCAGCCGGCAGGAGAAGGAGGGAUCACGGGUGGAGAUGUGGAGCAUCACUCAACCGCCUCCCAUGGAGAGACUGAUAUGAGGGAGGUUGGGGGGGGGGGGAAUGUGUGUACAUGCAGGGUGGUAAUCCUGUUGUCAUGGUAAUACAGGAAACCUGAUAUCUGAUGUGUAACUGGCUCAAAUGGGAUUAAAUAUCUGGCUCCUGCAUGUUCACAUGGUCUGCACCUCAUCCCUGAAACCACAGCUGACAUAUCCCCACAGGAAAUCUUGAAAAUGUGUUUUUUUCUUAUUUGUAAUUAUACAAAAACACAACAUGAUGUUAACAGGCUUGAUGGCCAAUACUACUGGUGUAAUCAAUCCCCGCUGCCUCAGUCCGAGCUGUAACUGUGACUCUGGGUGGGUCAGACUUACAGACGGUGUGUGAAAGAUGAAGCUUCAACAAUAGUCAAUAGUAUUGGCAACAAAGUGGUGGGAGGCCCCGAAAUCAAACUGUGUUGAGGGCCCCAUAGAGGCUGGAGCCGGCCCUGUCAGUGCCUCGUCCAUCCUCCUGAGAUGUUCUGCAGCUGGAGUCACCGUCCGACACAACAUCCGUCUAAACACAAAGAUUUGAGCUCAGAACGUAUCGAGUGUCUCACGUCUCUGUGACCGUGUCCUCAGAAUCGAUGGACCAGUGCUUCAGACACACGUGGAAACAAGUGAAGAGUGAAGACAUUCCUCAUUUAGAUUAAAUUCAUUCCAUGUGUACUUAUCGUAGGAAAAUGUCGGACUCUUUGUGUGUCACGUGUCUUUAUGCUGAGUCUUGAUUCCCAUGAGACUUUUCUCUCACUGCAGCUCCCGACAGAAAACUACUCACGUUUCAUGAUUAGUUGCAUUAGUUCAGAAUAGUUACUUCUAGACUGAUUCAGGUAUUGUUAGAAACAAGAAGUGUGUAAGUUGUAAUGUUGAUUGUUAAUCCUGUACUGUGAGUAAUCUGUUGGAUAAUUAAAGUAAAUGUAUUUGUUUAAUCAAAGGUCAAAGUCACAGUUCAUCUUUUAGUCCAAGUAAAUGUUUGUACCAAA